CCAAGUCCCGCCCCCUUACAGCUAUGACUUCCCUACAAAGGCAAUGUAUCCGGUAUAAUGUUUUUUUAUAAAGUUUAACGCGUAUUUUUCGCCAUUUAAAAGCCAGUUAACACAUGGGUCAAUGAGAUGAUGUCAAAUAUUACAAUACAACUGCUUUUGCUAAAUCGCUAGUUAUGAAAAUCUUGCUUUUCAGCCUCAAGUUGCUUUUUUAAAAGCGUGACGUCAUGUGUAAUUACAUACAUUGUAUAUGCAGCCAUAAAACGUUUCUUUUUAGCUUAAAUAUUUGUUUUUGAGCGUCAAAACUUUGUUUUCAGUGGUUGAAGUGGUUAAAUAGAUGUUUGACGUAGAUAUGAGUCAAACCUUUUUCGUCGUUUCAUCAUCAAGUCAGUCGUCUAGACGCGAGCUGUGUGGAGUUUCCGCACUUUCGCCACACUCACAUGUAUGCCACUAUAUGGGUCAGCGUGCGUGUAUUUGUCAGAGCAGUCGUGUGAAUGGAGCCACAUACAUUUCUUUACGAUGUUCCCCCUUUGGUCAUUGAACAAUUCUGCCAAAUAAUGGACAUUGGAUGUCGCCGCUAUGGAUGGCGCGCACUCGACACUGAUGGGGAGAGCUGUCAUGCAAGGUGCUAGCCACGACCCAUCAGGAGCAAGGGUGAAGUGUCUUGCUCAAGGACACAACGGACCUGACUAGCGGCCCGAAUCUGCCCGAGCUUCUCGGAAGUUCGUGUGUUUGAGCGUAUGGAGGCAGGGGGUCGCAGUCCCACCAAGGAGCUGCUGUGGUCCUGGGCCCAGCAGAACUCGCGAGUGCAGGACCUGCUUGGGGUACUGCAGGACAUGGGCCACCAUCGGGCCUUGCAGAUCUUCCUGGGUCACUUUCAUGCAGUCAGAGAAAGGCCUUUGCCUCUUACCAAUAUAUGUAAGUCAGCAGCUGAAACGAAGGGGCCAGUCAAGUUCGAGAUAAGUCAUUCCAAUGAAACAUGCAGUAAAAGGGAACACCAGCCACCCGUCACUUUGCAAGACAUCCUUAAAGGAACCAGAGAUUUUCAUUCUGAAGCAAAAAUUUCAGAAGGCAGCUUCUCUGACAUCUACCAGGCACAGGUGGAAGGCAAAACAUUUGCAGUAAAGCUUUUCAAACAGGUGAACAAUACAUCCUGGAAGAAGCUGUGGGAUAUUUUCAGCAAACAGAUGGAAGUCCUUCGAUUGUGCCGACAUCCAAACAUUUUAGAAUUGUUGGGCUGUUUUUCUGAUGAGAGUUGCUACUGUCUGGUGUAUCCAUACAUGCACAAUGGUUCACUCUUCCACGCCCUCCAUCGUCAGGAUGGCAGGCCCCCUCUUUCUUGGCAGGAACGUCUCGCCAUCAUAAAGGGGGUCGCAGAGGCCCUGCAUCAUCUCCACAAAUCUCAACCAUGUGCGGUCAUCUGCGGGAAUCUCUCCAGUUCCAACAUACUCUUGGAUAGCGUCAUGCAACCCAAGCUGUCCGAUUUCGGCUUGGCUGGACUCCGCCCUCAUCCGGUCAGCCGUUGUCAUACUGGCACCCUGUGUACGAGUUCCCUCGCCAACCUGGGUUACCUCCCCGAGGAGUACAUACGACAUGGCAGACUCUCCUGCAGCCUGGAUGUUUACAGCUUUGGAAUGGUGGCAAUGGAAACAUUAACAGGACGUGAAGUCAAACAUACACAGCUGAAAUAUGUGCUGGUCUCUGCAGCGGAGGACAGUGGUGUAGACGCUUGUCUGCAGUUUUUGGAUGCGGCAGCUGGACUGUGGCCAACUUCUAUGACGCGUAGUCUUCUGGAUCUUUCCUUGCAGUGCACUGCGAGUCACCACCGCGACCGACCCAGCAUGAACAAAGUUCUCCAUGCAUUAAUCGAGCUGCUUCCCCCAUCAAGUUGCUCCUCUUUGGACCCACCUCACAGUCUGCAGGACGGAGCCCCUGUUCAUGUCGAGCACACAACCAGCUUACCUGUGGAGAACGACGAGCAACACAGCCUCCACACCUCCGCAGCGUGGACAGGACCGUGCGAAUGCAGCCAGUCGGAGGUGACAUAUCUAAGUGUCGCCGAGGCGGAUCAUGUCGACACAACAGACGAGGAUCCGCACAAAAGCUGGCCGGUGCAGUGCAGCUGCCAAACUGCUACAGGCGAUCUCUGCGAGGACUGCAUGGCCAACAUUUUUACUAACACUUCCAAACCGUUCUCAGAGUAAUGGCCUGUUGUUUCAAGCACUGAGACUUGCUGUUGAGGCCACAGAAUAGGUGAUCUUGUGUUAAAGAGGAACUGCACUAGUUUUUGGAAUAUUGUCUAUUGUUUACAAUCCUUAUUUUUUGGUUAUUUUUGCAUUCUGAUUUGUAAAACUCGGCUCGUUCUUGGCUGCCUGCAAUGCAGUUAAUGGCAGCAAUCCAUUCAGCCUCUAAAUCACUUAAAAAAUGCAUUCAGAAACUGUCAAAAAUUCUAUAUUUAUGUUCCGUAACCUGUUUAAUAACCAAACUGUAGCGACAUUGUUUUUGUAAGAGCGAACACCAAAUAACAUUUUUUCUAGCAUAGUAAUGCAUCACCAUUCGACGGUAUGCAGCUGAAUGGCUUUUGAGUUUGUAAUGCACAACACAAUGCAGUAAGACACCAAUCUGUACUGACUGAAAAACAUGAACAAAUAUGUUUACAGUAUCUGUAGAGAAUUAACCCACAUUUCAUGUUGUCUUUGUACACAGCUAGCUUGACAGCGUAUGUACUGUGGUUGUAAUAACAAGCAUGUAUCAUGAUCAAUAUUAUAGUGACUCACUCAAUGGACAGUUGGGCGUUCGGUCCAGCUGGCGGGGGAUGUUUCCAAUUGAUUUUGGGUAAGCACGCCAUUUAUGUCAGCAUAGCAUGGCUCAAAGUUCCACGUGUAUACCUGCAAGUCACGCCGACCUUACUCUCUCAGCUUCCAUCUGCUCCAACGUUUCACCCUCUAUUUUGUGCUUGCUUCUAUCAGCAGAAGUUCAUCCUCUGUAUUUUCAUCUUCAAAAAGAUGAGGUUCUGAAUCCUCAUUUGUCCAAAAGUAGUCAUCUUUGUUGUCUGUUACCAAGUCUGCCAUGAUUAGAACACGCUCACAUUUUUUUCAAGAAGUAGGAACACACGUUUGUUGCCGGUAGUUUGCUGCCAGUUUAAACGGAAAUAUAUGCGCUGAGGAAAUAAGUUCUGGUAUUACUUAAAAUGACCAAAAUACGGUAAAUAAUGUACAUAUUACAUAUUGUUAUGAAAGGGUUGAAAUGGUUUUAAAGGGCUUUGAAGGCUACACUGGUACAACUUCCAAGCGUUUUUUUUUUAUCAUCUUUAAAUUCUCAUAA